AUGAAUUCUGAGACCUCCGAGGAAUCGGCUUCCUCCAUGAAGAGGGGGGAAGGGACUCCUCUUAGGCCCAGGGCGGUCCUUAGAAGGCAGGAGGCAGCAGAGAACUCCCAUAAAGGUACUGCGGCACUCCCCUCCCCCUGCCAAGGGUGCGGCCUUCUCUCCGCCUACUCUACUGCAGCUCUCUCCGGAUUGCAGCUCGCGCGGAUUUUUGGAGAGCAGCGCCUCCCGCCUACAAACCAGCCCGACCAACCCCCGCCCCUUCACUCCCACGGGUGUGCGGAGCAGGUCCCGCUCGUCUCGUCCCUCGAGCAGUGGCAUUUCGGGUGGAGCCGUACUCGCCACCUCCCAGCAGCUUUAGGCUGGCGGGCCGCCCCCCGCCCCCAGCGCGCGCUUCCUGCCACGUUGCGCAGGGGCGCUGGGCCAGACACUGCGGCGCUUGGGCCUCCGGGAAGGCCGGAACCAGCGACCGCCUCCCCGCCACCCCCGCUGGCCCGCGCAGUGGCUUCGCUCAUUUGGGACACGGGCCAAGUGGAAGGGCUCCGGCAGCCAAUCAGAUGGCAAAGCCGCGCGGGCGGCGGGCCGACCGCACCCGCACCCGCACGUCCAGUUCCCCUCACCCACCCAGCUCCCCGCCCCACCCAGCGAGCACUGCGAGGAACCCAGCGGCUGCGCACUCCGGAGGUUCUAACUGACAAGCGCCUCACUCCAACCAACAGACGCCAUUUGUGUUUUCACGCACGGCGGGAGGAGAAGAGGCCAAUCAGUGACGAAGCCUGAACCGGAAGUGCUCCUCCCCUGCGGGAACGAUGGCUCCGUCGGAUUACAAGCCUUUUCCGCUCCCUUCUCCCUCCCCCUCCGGUUGCCGCAGGGCGGGCCGCGCUCCCGUGUCUAACCCACCAGCCUCUGUUCCCUUCCAGCCCAAUAAACGCCCCACGCCACCAUCCCUCCGAAGGUGACGCUGCCAUCCUCGUUCGGCCCACCUCCACCACCCAUUCCCCGCGAACCCGCCGAGCCUCCCUCCCACCAGAGUCC